AUGUCUUUAUUUCAUUCGCCUCUUUUUCUCUUCCUUCUAAAUAAUCCUAAUAUCUUUAAUCUCCACCCACGUCCAAACCAACGAAAGACUUCUUUUAAAGAAAUAUUGAAAAAAGAGGAAAAAUUAUGUGAUUGGGUCAGUGACACUCAAAGUGAAGCACACUCUCUUUCUUUCUGUUUCUCUCUCGCUCUCCCCCACUCUCUCUGUAUCUAUCUAUCUAUCUAUCUAUCUAUCUGUAUCCUUUUCUUUUACUGUCCAUAUCUCUUCCUUUUAUUUUGCCCGUUUUUAUCCUUCUUCUCUUUUCUCUCUGUCCUUUUCUUAUUAGUUUUUUUUAUAUCUCUUCUCUCAUUCUCUUUAGUACUUUCCUCUCUUUCUUCAACUCACUGUCAUUCUUUGCUUUUCUUUCUAUACGUUCUAUUUUUCUCUUGUGUUACUUUCUUCCCUCCCUCUUUCUCUUCUUCUCCCUUUUCUCCCUCUCUCUCUCUCUCUCUCUCUCUCUCUUCCUCUCCUGUCGUUCUUUUACACUUUCUUUUUAUCUGCCUUUUCCUCACUCUCUCUCCCUCUCUCUCUCGCCCUCUCUCUCUCUCGCCCUCUCUCUCUCGCCCUCUCUCUCUUUCUUCACCUCUUUCUACUUCUCUCCUCUUAUCUUUUUUUCCUUCUUCCAUCUCUCUUUCAUUUCUUUUUCUCCUUCCAUAUAAGCACACAAUCUUUCAUGCAAGCACUUAG